AUGUCUGUGAUGCUCACAAAAUUCGAGUCCAAGAGCAAUCGGGUGAAGGGGCUUGCAUUUCACCCAACGCAGCCGCUGCUCGCCGCGUCUCUGCACAAUGGGAGUGUUCAAUUAUGGAACUAUAGAAUGGGAGUGUUGGUGGACCGAUUCGAAGAACAUGAAGGACCUGUGCGCGGCGUAGCCAUUCAUCCUAGUCGCGCUCUUCUGGUGACUGGAGGAGAUGACUACAAGAUCAAAGUCUGGGAUAUACGGCCUCAGAACCGACGAUGCCUCUUCACCCUGCAUGGACACCUCGAUUAUGUCCGGACCGUCCAGUUCCACCAUGAAAUGCCCUGGAUUGCAAGUAGUCCUUGCUGCACUUUUCAUCUAAAUACUGAACAUGGUUCGCAGAUUUCUGCCUCGGACGACCAGACGAUCCGCAUCUGGAACAGCACGUCGAGAAACUGCAUCGCGAUCCUCACCGGACACUCACACUAUGUGAUGUCAGCGCAGUUCCACCCGAAAGAGGACCUGGUUGUGUCCGCAUCCCAGGAUCAGACUGUGCGCGUAUGGGACAUCUCGGGCCUGCGCAAGAGCACGCCCAACACGGCGCCGGGUACAUUUGAUACGUUCGACACGUUCUCGACUGUCAAGUACGUGCUCGAGGGUCAUGACCGCGGCGUCAACUUUGCGACCUUCCAUCCGACGUUACCGCUCAUUGUUUCUGCCGCGGAUGACCGUCAGAUCAAGAUCUGGAGGAUGAGUGACACGAAGGCUUGGGAGGUGGAUUCUUGCAGGGGACACUUCAACAACGUCUCGGUCGCGCUCUUCCAUCCUAAGCACGAGUUGAUCGUAUCAUGUGGCGAGGACAAAACUGUGCGCGUAUGGGAUUUGACGAAACGCUCUGCAGUGCAGACGUUCAGGAGGGAGAACGACCGAUUCUGGACGCUCGCCGUUCAUCCCGAGCUGAAUCUCUUCGCUGCUGGACACGACAGCGGGCUGAUUGUGUUCAAGCUCGAGCGCGAGCGACCAGCGUUCUCUAUCCAUGGCGACACGUUGUACUAUGUUCGCGACAAGUAUGUACGCGCGUACGAUAUCAAUACCGGCUCGGACAUCGGACUGCUCAGCGUCCGCAAGUUUGGCAGCCCCUACGUGCCGCCUAGGACGCUCAGCUACAAUCCUGCCGAGCGCGCCGUUGUGCUCACGAUCUCCUCUGACAAUGGGCUCUUUGAGAUGACAUCACUGCCCAAGGAUGUAGUUGGUGAGGUGAAGGACUCGUCCACGGAUGGAAAGCGCGGUACUGGACAUGCGGCGAUUUUCGUUGCGAGGAACAGGUUUGCGGUUUUGAACAAGACAACGCAGCUCAUUGAAGUUCGCGAUCUGUCGAACUCUGUGGUUAAGACUAUUAAGCCGCCGGUUCAGACCAACGAGAUCUUCUAUGGCGGCACCGCAAGCUUGAUCCUCAGCUCUCCCACAUCGGUCGUGCUGUACGAUAUCCAACAGCAGAAGAGCAUCGCGGAGAUCACAACACCGCCUGUCAAAUACGUCAUAUGGAGCACCGACGGGUCGCUGGUCGCCCUGCUCAGCAAGCACACAAUCACCAUCGCGAAUAAGAACUUCUCGCAGCAUACACUCAUUCACGAGACGAUCCGUAUCAAGUCCGGCGCUUGGGACGAUUCCGGUGUUUUCAUCUACUCAACUUUGAACCACAUCAAGUAUUGCCUUGCCCAAGGUGACCACGGCGUUAUCUGCACUCUAGACAACCCUGUGUAUCUCACGCGGGUGAAGGGCAAGACGGUAUAUUGCCUGGAUCGUUCGGCUCGUCCUCGGACUAUCACAAUUGAUCCCACUGAGUACCGCUUCAAGCUCGCUCUGUUGCGCAAUAACCAUGAAGAGAUGUUGUACAUCAUCCGGACUUCCAACCUUCUUGGACAGAGCAUCAUCGCGUAUUUGCAGCAAAAGGGAUUCCCUGAGAUUGCGUUACAUUUUGUCCAAGACCAAAGCACUCGCUUUGAUCUGGCUAUCGAAUGCGGUAAUUUGGAUGUUGCAUUCGAGAUGGCGAAGGCGAUCGACCGGCCUGACUGCUGGGAGCGGCUGGCUCAACAGGCGCUGAAGCAAGGGAACCACAAGAUCGUCGAAAAGGCGUAUCAGCAGACGAAGAACUUCGAUCGGCUGUCGUUCCUAUAUCUCGCCACGGGAAGCAAGGAUAAGCUUUCGAAGAUGCAGAAGAUCGCCGACGCCAGGGGAGACCCCAUGUCGCGCUUUCACAACGCACUGUACGCAGGCGACGUGUUGGGUCGUAUUGCCGUUUUGAGGGAUGUUGGCCUUCAUCCUCUGGCGUAUUUGACAGCCAAGACAAACGGUUUGGACGAUGUAGCGUUGGAGAUCCUCGAAGCUGCCGGCCUUACUGAAGCCGAUGUGGAUGAUGUACCAUCGUUUGGAAUGUCGACGCUGAGACCUCCACCAAUCGUCACCUCGAUCGAGAACAUCAAUUGGCCGUCGCUAUCUACUGGCGAGAGCUUCUUCGAUAAGGCACUGGCCAAUGGCCACUUAGAAGGAGGUGAAGCGCCGUACAUGAAUGGGUUUGAGACUAAUGGUGUCGCCGCAUCGUCAGCGUUGGAUGACUGGGCGAGAGAGGAAGAAGCUGAGGAAGAGGUCGUAGUGGAGGAGGGAGCAUGGGACCUCGAACCCGAUGCCGAGGAGCCCCAGCAGGAGCCAGCACCAGAAACGGAGACUUUGGAAGAUACGGAACUGGGUGCUGGUGCCUCUUCUGGCAUUAGUGAGACAGAACUCUGGACACGAAACUCGCCGUUCGCUAGCGACCAUGUGGCAGCGGGUUCGUUCGACACAGCCAUGCAGCUGUUGAGUCGUCAAUUCGGAGUGGUCAACUUCUCGCAUCUCAAGCCCUUGUUCGUUUCCACGUAUCGCUCAGCCCAUGCAUAUCUCUCGCCAAUGGCCUCGUUGCAGCCAUUGCAGCUACAUCUAAGGCGUGAUCCGCAGGAGUCUUCUCCAAGCCGUGUUCUACCCGUGGCUGUGCGGACCCUACAAUCGGUCCGACACGAGCUCACCGAAGGUUUCCGCUUCCUGUCUGGCGCCAAGCUACCAGAAGCUCAGCUUGUGUACCGAUCUGUUCUGUGGGAGCUUCUUCUGGUCCCAGUAUCUUCUGAUGAUGAGGCAAAGCAGUGGCGCGAUAUGGUCACGCUUGCCCGGGAGUACCUCCUCGGUGUGACUCUCGAGAUUGAGCGAAGACGAAUACUCCGAGAUGAGCCUGACAAUGUCCGCCGGAACUUGGAGUUGGCUGCAUACUUUACGCAUUGCCAGUUACAGCCAGCCCACUUGCAAAUUGCGCUACGGAGUGCCAUUGGCGUGUUUACCAAAGCGAACAAUCACGUUACAUCUGCGCGGUUCGCCCGACGCCUGCUAGAACUCAACCCGGAUCCCAAGAUCGUCGCACAAGCGAGGCAACGGAUCGCCGCUGGCGACCGGAACCCGAGGAACGCGGUCGAAAUCUCAUAUGACGAGUUCACCGAAUUCGAGAUUUGUGCAGCGAGCUUCACUCCCGUUUACAAAGGUUCUCCUUCCGUGCGAUGCCCAUAUACCAAUGCUGUGUUCCUGCCAGAGUUCAAGGGCAAGCUGGAUCCCCUCACUGAGCUCACAGAGAUUGGUGCGGCAUCAUCUGGUCUGCCUGCGCCACGAUCAUAG